AUGGCUCUGCCUAAAUUGUUGUGUUUUUGUUCCAGCUUGGACAAGAGAACGCCAGAAUCAAAUGGCUCAAAUGAGAUUAACCAGAUGUCAAAACUAUAUGCUCUUAUGGAAGAGUUGAAAGUGAAUCAGUUAGCGUUGAAGAAUGAUAUGGAGCAAAACAUAAGCGAGUUGAGGAGAUCACUAGAUUCUUUAACUGACUGGUUGAUGGAGAAGUUUGCUACCAUCAGACCUGGUGAUCCCUGCGAUAGUGGUAUGAAGCACAACAAAGACAAGGGAGUGGAGGUUAUUAACAUCAGCACGGAUAGCUCAUGCUCCUUGUCAAGAACCACUGCACCCAUGAUGUCAGACAAAGCUGCAAGUGCAAGGAAAAAGGGAAAGGUUGGCGUGAAGCCGCCUGUCAAAGUGAGAAGUCCCAUUUUGACAAGGAGAUACAAUGAAAUGAGAAAUAAAAAAAUGUGUUCCAUUGGGCCCUUUACAACUUCCUCUCGUGCAUGCCCAAUGGAUCUGAUUUUGAUAACCCAUGUGUUUGACCAGUCAAAAGAUGAGUGUGAGGAGCUUGUAAGAUCUCCAUGGUUUAAUCUGAAUCGGGCACAAUUUAAGGGAUUAGCACCAGAUUUAAUGUUGUCUUCUCAAGUUACUGAAAAACGUGUGCGAUGGUUCUUACCACCAACCUUUUCUAUGUCUGUGCGUGGAUAUUCUGAGGAGAAGAUUAGACGCGUGUACUGUUCAGAAGAUUUCAACGACUGUGAGAAGAUUUUUGUUCCCAUUCUGCUGGACAAUCACUUUUUUCUCAGCGUAUUUGACCUUAAAAAGGAGGUCAAACAAAUAUGGGAUUCAUAUCCAAACUUUCUCGAUCCGGGAAGGAGGGAAGAAAAACUAUCACAAGUAGCGAAAGCACUAGACUCCCUGGUUAUGGUCAAGAUUAUUAAAAAGUUGGAGGUCAACUUGCUGGAAUCUUUCACUACUGAAAUAGUGGUUAACGCUCCACGACAGAAGAAUGGGGUUGACUGUGGUCUUUUCGUGGCGAAGUUGAUGAGAAAUAGUGGGUGCUUAGAUGAUUGUGCACGUAAAAUGAAGAAAAAGUUUGAGAGUCAAGAUGAGAGUCUUGAUCUAGCAUUGUAUUUGCUGAAUAACAAGGAGAAUGAGAUUAAAGAUGUGCUUCACUGGAAAGUUGUAAUGGAAAGUGGUGAAAGAUUUGAUGAAGUUGAGGGUACUGCUGAGAGGAGCGAAACACCCAAAAAAGAUGGGAAUUUUACUACUUAUAAGCUGUAG